AUGACUGCCGCACCUUUGCUGAGAUUUUUUAUUUGUUGUAGUGCCGUAGCCGUUGUGACCGUUGACGUCCAUAAGGCUAAGGAUCUCAUUCAUUCAGGCCAUCGUUACAUAGACGUUAGGACCACUGAAGAAUUUCAGAGAGGUCAUCUUGAUGUUGAAAACAUUUUGAACAUUCCUUACUUGUUUUUCACUCCUGAAGGGAGGUCGAAGAAUCCCCAAUUUCUGGAGCAGGUUUCUUCCGCUUGCAGCAAAGAUGAUCUUCUCAUAGUGGGCUGUCAAAGUGGGGCCAGAUCAACUCUUGCAACCACUGAUCUUCUGACCGCUGGUUUCAAGCAUGUGAGCAACAUGGGAGGGGGAUAUGCAGCAUGGAUGGAGAAUAGCUUCGGUGUGAAGAAACCAGAAGAGAAGCAUGUAAAGAAACCACAAGAGGAGCAAUGAUGAAGCUCCAACUUAUUGGGUUUUACUUGUGUUAACGAAUCUUGAUAGAGCUGUAGCUAAUUGCUAAUU